UAAAGUGUCCAGCCAUUCUGGAGUGAGAGUGGCAUUCCCUUGUGGGUGGACUGCCUGGGGCACAGAUGGAGCAGGGCAAAUCUUUGGGUGUGACAGAGGAUUGGGCCUCUUUGCUGCCAGAGUCCUGGCAUUGCCCCCAGCUUCCUGGUGCAGACUCCUGAGUCUUCCUUUCUCCGUAUGCACUCUCCCUUCUAGAGCCCAGGAGCCCAGUCCCAGUUGGACCCCGUCCCACUCUGCUUUAGUCUUGUUCCCUGGUGCCCGCAGGAAUUACCCCUUCGGUCAGGCAGCCGCUUUAAUUGGUGCAGGGACUACAUCUCCCAGCUGCCCCCGGCGGGAACUUCCUGACGCAGCCCCCCUCCCCCGCCCCCCAAACCCGCGGGGAUGUGCGGGCCGACUGGGGGAGGUGACUUGAUGUCAUCGUGAGAAGCUGGGCGGCGGGUGCCGGUGCGCAGAGAGCCUGGGCUCCCGCGGUGCCGCGCGGGUCGGGUCCCCGGACUUGAGGAGAGGUCUGCGCGCUGCCCCAGCCAACCCGGAGCCCGCCGGGAGCCCGCGCCCCGACCCGGGGCUGAGUUGGGGGCAUGCUCCGGCCCCCCUGGAGCCGGAGAGAGAACCCAGGAGCGCCGCCGCCCAGCGCCAGCGCCCCGAACCGAACCGCUUCGAAGGAACCCUGAGCAGCUGCUCCCCUCCCCACAGGCAGCCCCUGGAGGGCCCGUGACCUAAGUCUGGGCAUCUGAGAAAGCCAGGCUGGGAACCCUAGCUGGACUCUUCGGACCCUCAGGAAGGACCUGAAACCUGAGCCAUCCUCCUCUCUACCGUGCUUGCCCCCCAGGACUGGGCAGUUGCCAAAGGUCCUGGGGGGGGCCCAGGACUGUGGUUGUGCCCACCCCAUCCCCCCCCCACCUCCCCCAGCGCACAGGAUGGGCCCAAGUUAGUCAACCCAGCCUCACUCAGCAUCCUGCAGGCCCAGAGGGAAGCUCAGAGGCUCUGAAGGCUUGACCCACCGCCUAGCCGCCAUGGAGACGAAGCUGCCCCCGGCGAGCACCCCCACCAGCCCCUCUUCCCCAGGGCUGUCCCCUGUGCCCCCGCCCGACAAGGUGGAUGGCUUCUCCCGCCGUUCCCUCCGCCGGGCCCGGCCCCGGCGUUCCCACAGCUCCUCUCAGUUCCGCUAUCAGAGCAACCAGCAAGAACUCACUCCACUGCCCCUGCUCAAAGAUGUGCCAGCCUCUGAGCUGCAUGAGCUGCUGAGCCGGAAGCUGGCCCAGUGUGGGGUGAUGUUUGACUUCUUGGACUGUGUGGCUGACCUGAAGGGGAAGGAGGUGAAGCGGGCGGCACUCAAUGAGCUGGUGGAGUGCGUGGGGAGCACCCGGGGGGUCCUCAUUGAGCCUGUCUACCCAGACAUCAUCCGCAUGAUCUCAGUGAAUAUCUUUCGGACGCUGCCGCCCAGUGAGAACCCUGAAUUUGACCCUGAGGAGGAUGAGCCCAACCUUGAGCCUUCAUGGCCGCAUCUUCAGCUGGUAUAUGAGUUUUUCCUGCGUUUCUUGGAGAGCCCAGACUUCCAGCCCUCUGUGGCCAAGAGAUAUGUGGAUCAAAAGUUUGUCCUGAUGCUCCUGGAGCUGUUUGAUAGCGAGGACCCCCGGGAACGUGAGUACCUCAAGACCAUCUUGCACCGGGUCUACGGCAAGUUCCUGGGGCUCCGGGCCUACAUCCGCAAACAGUGCAGCCAUAUCUUCCUCCGGUUCAUCUAUGAAUUCGAGCACUUCAAUGGCGUGGCUGAACUGCUGGAGAUCUUAGGAAGCAUCAUCAAUGGCUUUGCGCUGCCCCUGAAGACCGAGCACAAGCAGUUCCUGGUUCGAGUCCUGAUUCCCCUGCACUCUGUCAAGUCGCUGUCUGUCUUUCAUGCCCAGCUGGCAUACUGUGUGGUGCAGUUCCUGGAGAAGGAUGCAACCCUGACAGAGCAUGUGAUCCGGGGGCUGCUCAAAUACUGGCCAAAAACCUGUACCCAGAAAGAGGUGAUGUUUCUGGGGGAGAUGGAGGAGAUUCUGGAUGUUAUCGAGCCCUCGCAGUUCGUGAAGAUCCAGGAGCCCCUCUUCAAACAGGUGGCCCGCUGUGUGUCCAGCCCCCACUUCCAGGUUGCAGAGCGGGCUCUGUAUUUCUGGAACAAUGAGUAUAUCCUGAGCCUCAUUGAGGACAAUUGCCACACUGUGCUGCCUGCUGUGUUUGGGACCCUCUACCAAGUCUCCAAGGAGCACUGGAAUCAAACCAUUGUGUCUCUGAUCUACAAUGUGCUCAAGACCUUCAUGGAGAUGAAUGGGAAGCUGUUUGAUGAGCUCACAGCCUCCUACAAGCUGGAAAAGCAGCAGGAGCAACAGAAGGCCCGGGAACGGCAGGAGCUGUGGCAAGGCCUGGAGGAGCUACGGCUACGCCGGUUACAGGGGACCCAGGGGGCCAAAGAGGCCCCACUCCAGCGGCUUACACCCCAGGUCACCGGUGGAGGUCAGAGCUAAAGAUCCCCAGAAGGGGAGGAGCUAAACCCAGAGCUAUCAGUCCCUCCACCCUCCCUCCUGCCCAGGGGCCCACAGAGAUACACACCUACUCCUGGCCUUGCCAGCAGGGGCUUGGAGGGCUCCUUGCCUGGCCCAGCAUGGGCAGUUUCCUCUGGGGGGAGAGGAGGAGAGAUGGUGGUCCUGGCAACAGAACUGUCAGGCCCUCCUGGUAGGACUGGACCAGGGUGCACUUGAUCAGGAAGCGGCCAUCGGGGACUGCCCUGCCCCACAAAGCCGGGCUCCAGACUGUAGGCAGGUUCCCACGCCCCGCUCCCAGCCUAGGGCAAGGGGAUGCAGCCCCUCACCUGCCCCACCUUGUGCCAGCGCGAGGUCCUUCCUCACCCCACCAUGGGGUCCAUGGUCUAUUUAUUCUCCCCCAGCUCCCCUGCAACACAGACAUUAUCCUGGGCCUGGGGCACCCUCUUCCCCUCCCCGCCCUGGCCCUGUACAUCCUUGUCCCCUUUUUAUUUAUUGGGCAGGGGGAGGGGUAAGGGCACAGGCAGAAGAUUCCCUGUGUCCUGGGACAAGGGGGGUGGUCACAGUCUGUUCCCCUUUCCAUGGCUGGGGGUAGAUUUAAUAAAGAGAGGAACUCACGA